AUUCACUUUAGCAAGAAGCAACAACCACGAAAUUUCAAACUACUUGCUUCUGACAUUCACUGUUAUUAUUGAUGUUCUUUAAUCCUAGGUUAUAGAGAGGUACCUAUCUAUAAAGCGAAGUAUAUCAUCAAAGUGCUUAACUUCACAUACUCAAUAUUUCUGGCCAUAUUCAUAGCAUAUCAUGUAUUCAUCCUCUUCAUCUUCCUCCAAUACUAAACCAGAAAAACACGAGGUGUUCAUUAGCUUCAAAAGUGAAGACACCCGCAAGACAUUCACAAGCCAUCUUAAUGCUGCUUUGAAAAGACGAGAUAUCGAAACCUACGUAGAAUGCAAAGUUGAGAGAGGAGAGGAAAUACCCUUAACCCAUGUUAAGGCUAUUGAAGAGUCCACACUCUCUUUGAUUGUUUUCUCCAAAAACUAUGCGGAUUCUAGGUGUUUGGAUGAACUGGUGAAAAUUGUGGAGUGUGGAAAGAGAAAAAAGCAAAUUGUAUUGCCUGUUUUCUAUGACAUUGAUCCUUCUGAUGUGAGGAACCAGAGAGGAACCUUUGCUGAGGCAUUUACCAAACAUGAACGACAUUUUGAGGUGAAGAAGGUACGAGAAUGGAGGAAUGCUUUGGUGGAAGCAGCAAAUUUUUCCGGUUGGGAUUGCAACGACGUCAACAGGACAGAGUUUGAAAUGGUUGAGGAAAUUGCGAACGAUGUGCUUCAAAAGUUGAACCGUGCGAAUGUGAGUGACCUAGAUGCGCAGAUUGCUAAAUUGGAACAACUGGCAAAACUUCAAGGUGAAUUUUAUCAAAAGAUUAUCAGUGUGGAAAACUUGCAAAAUCAACGGGCUACGGUUCAACGUGUGAUAGAACUUAAAAUGGAGAGGAACAUGCGUUUGCUUCGUCUAACACCGGAUUUGCUCUCACAUAUGCAAAGGUCAAACUCUGACGAUAGUUAUGGUGGUGUCUUUGGAAAUACGUUUUUUUGAAGGUCCGUUUCAGUGAGUUUUACGAACGAAACUUUUUUAUUUCUUAAAAUGGUAAAUGUAGAAGGAAGGAGGAAGAUGGAUUCGAAGGUUAAUUGUUUAUUUCAUUCGCUUGUUUAAUCUCAGUUGUUGUGUAAGUUUUAUUAUAAACCGAUCAACACUACUUGAAAAAAUUUAAAUAAUUAUCUAUUUUAGUGAUAAAA